AAUUUGUUUUUUGCCUGACAGCUUCACAUUGUGAGGUUAGUUUAGUUGCCUGACAUUAAAGUUCUUGUUCAAGAGAACAGUUUUUGCUAGUAAUUGAGUGGAUUGUGUUUUAUCUCAACGGUGAAAAUGACUGAACACUUGCACGACGUUGUACUACCCGAUAAUAUAACAGAAGAGCUUCUAACCAGCCAACAUAUUGAUUUUAUAAAAAAGUAUGGCGAAGAGCAGAACAAAUUUGAGUACGGAAUGACUGAUUACCUUCGACUUUCCGGUAUGUAUUGGGGCUUAACUGCUUUGGAAUUGAUGAAUGCGGGCGUCACAGACACUCAGGAUGCUAUAGUAGAAUAUAUCGUCAAAUGCCAAGACCCAGAUAGUGGUGGAAUUAGUGCUUGCAUAGAUCACGAUCCUCACAUUUUGCAUACUUUGAGUGGUAUUCAGAUUUUAGCGAUGUUUGACAAAUUGGACGCAAUUGAUAUAGAAGGAGUGGUUAAAUAUGUUCAAAAGCUUCAGCAAUUUGAUGGAAGCUUCAGUGGUGACAAAUGGGGAGAGGUAGAUACACGCUUUUCCUUUUGCGCUGUUAUGAUCUUAUCCAUACUGAAUCGAAUGAGCGCUAUUAAGGUUCAGAAAGCUGUUAAAUUUGUGAAGUCAUGCAAGAACUUCGAUGGAGGUUUUGGAUCUAGGCCAUUAGCCGAAAGUCAUGCAGGAUUAACAUAUUGCUGUGUGGGUUUUCUGUCCAUUACAAAAAGAUUUGAUGUGUUAGACAUAGAUAAUUUAGCUUGGUGGCUUUGUGAAAGACAAAACCCAUCAGGAGGAUUUAAUGGCAGGCCUGAAAAGCUUCCAGACGUUUGCUAUUCAUGGUGGGUACUCGCAACUUUGGCGAUGCUUGGUAAAUUGACGUGGAUAGAUGGUGCAAAAUUGCAAACAUUUAUUUUUGCUUGCCAAGACCAAGAAACAGGAGGGUUCUCAGACAGACCUAAAGACGUGCCUGAUCCAUUCCAUACUCUUUUCGCCGUUGCAGCUCUUUCCCUCCUCGACUAUGAGAAUAUACAGAAAGUAAAUCCUACAUAUUGCAUGCCACAGCAUGUUAUUGAUAGAUUGCAACUAGACCCUAAAAUUCUACCCAGUUGAUUUUGAACGCACUUGUAUUAUAUUUGUAAUUUUGUUCUUACAAGAAAGAAUUCUUACUGAAUUUGCAUAAUUUUCGCACAGUUGGAAAUAAUUUUGAUAACGUAAAAAAAUGUGUUAUCAUUUACCUUAAGGAUUUUGUUACUGAAUUUAUGAAUGCAACUGUGAAAUUAAUUAUACCUACUUAUUUUUUUCAUACAUAUGAGGUUUGCAAAUAAAUUAAUUUAAACAAAA